UUCACUAGGUCACAGCACAAUGACGGACCAAACGGAAGAACAAACACCACAAGUAACCGCCACCGAACCAUCACCAGAUCACAACCUCGAUGAGACAACCACCAAGAUGCAAAACCUAACCACCUCCUUCAGCAUUUGGCCACCGUCGCAACGCACUCGCGACGCCGUCAUCAAACGCCUAAUCGAAACCCUAACCGACAAAUCCGUACUCUCCGACCGUUACGGCACCGUUCCUGCCGACGAAGCCGCCGGAUUCGCCCGCAGCAUCGAGAACGAAGCCUUCAACGCCGUCCCUGCGUCGCCUGGUACGGACGGUGACGACGGUGUUGCGAUUCUGCAGUCGUACUCGAAGGAGAUUAGUAAGAGGAUGCUUGAUUUUGUGAAGUCUAGAUCUGUUGAAUCGGUGAACGACGGUGCACCGGUGGAUGCUGCCUCCGGUGACGGUGGAGUGAAGGAGGAGGAAGGUUCGACGGUGGAGGCCUAAUGUUGCAGGUAUUGUGAACGGUUAGGGUCUGUUAUGUGUAAUGUUGUUUGUUGAAUUGGUUAUAUUGCUCUAGGGUUUUGAUUUCGAUGAAUGCAUGAUUGUUAUGGUUUUCAGAUCUACUAACUACUUAAUAUAAUUUUGAGUUUGUGUUUAUGGA